UUUGCGGAUGGAAUAAUAGGCGCUGGUCGGAAUAAACAACGCAGCAGUGAAAAUGAGCAGCUCGGAUAACUUGGAGCUCUCGUUUAAAGAUCUCUCCCUCGACGGGAGUUCGAACAGUGAGGAUAAUAGUAAAAUUUUGAAAUGGAAUCUGCAGCUCAAGGAAUUGUACAAGCUGGCAUACAACUUCUACAAAGAACAAUCUGGAAAAGCGGUGCACUUGAGCUACGAGGAUAAUUUGAAGCUUAUAGCUUUCACACAACAGGCUGCUCAUGGGGCGCUAGACCUGACUAACGCCCCUCCACUGGGAAUGUUCGAUGUCAUCGGGAAGGAUCGUAGAAUAGCAUGGCAACAGCUUGGGACCAUCACUAAGCUACAGGCAAUGGAAGGUUUCAUCGACUUACUGGAUCGUCUAUGUCCAUUGUUCAAGCCGUACGUCGAAGCAAUCAAAAAGGACAAAGAAGAGAAAGCUCGCCGGGCGGAACAGGAACAGAUCCAACGCACCGAAGCUCUGGCGGCGGAGAAAGUACGCCUUGAAGAGCUCCAGCGCCUUGAGGAUGAAAAGAAUCGUGAAGAGAUGCAGCGGCGUCAGCUGCAGGAUGCGCUCAACCUGCAGACGUACCACCAGUUUAAGGAUUACGCGGAAAUCCAGUUUCCCGGGAAUCCUGAUCAGCAAGCCGUACUAAUUCGGCAGCUACAAAAUGAGCAUUACCACCAGUACAUGCAGCAGCUUCAAGCGCAAGUUGCCUCGAACCUAGCUCGAUUGAAACGCGGAUCCGAUGGGGACGACGUCGAAACCCCUAUUCCGGGGGUCUGUGAGAACGGCACUGAGACGACCGAACGAGGAGAAUUUACGAAUGCUAACACUAAGGAGAAUAGUCAAUUCGAGUUUAAGGAACAGUGCGACAGCGACAACGAUUCUGGUGAUUACGCAGUGAUCAGUCCGGCGAACAUGUGGACAAAACCAGACAUCAAAUUGUUCAAGCAAGAGGUAAUGGCCGGCAAGGGUGAUGGAGUGAUACGCGUAAAUCACGGCGAUACAGUUACGGUUAAAGUUCCAACGCACGAAGGUGGUUCGUGUUUGUUCUGGGAGUUUGCUACCGACAGCUAUGACAUCGGGUUCGGUGUGUACUUCGAAUGGGGCAAGCCUCCGACCACCGAAGUUUCGGUGCAUAUUAGCGAAAGCGAUGAAGACGACGAUACGAUAGAGGAAGACGAAGAAGUAAUUUGCGCGGAAGAUCUUGAAUGUGGACCGGUGCAGAGCAAUGCAACGAGUACCGCCGCGAGUGUGCUCGGGACGCGUAAUCCCAUCUCAAUCAUCAUACCGAUCUACAGGCGCGAGUGCCACCAGGAGGUGUACGCUGGCUCGCACACGUAUCCGGGCGAGGGCACGUACUUGCUCAAGUUCGACAACUCUUACAGCCUCUGGCGCCCAAAGACGCUCUACUAUAAGGUUUUCUACACUCGAUAAUCGGCACACGCGACAACCCACACGCAUAAGCCCAGUACGCGGAGGCAGGAAUAAAAUGGCACAGAAAGUUGAUGACGUCACGCUCAAACAGGCGUGCGAACAUUGGAAACAAAGUGGAACUAUAUCUAGAUGAAAUACUAUAUCGAAUAACGACAAACUGUCCUUCCCAUUCGCUGUGUCGUGCAAUAUCUCGUUAAUGUAAUUCAUGAACCGUUGUUUAUGGCGACGUGUCCGGACGCGGCCGCCCCGGAAUGUUGCAAAGGAGCUGCCCAGCGUUAGCACAUUGUUCCCUAAUUCAAUAGAGUAUAUUAGUUGCAAUAGUUACGAACGGAGGGAAGAAGCAUAUCCGUGUUCCGUUGUAUCCGAGUCUAUUAGCGAAUGGGGGGGAUCGAUCGAUCUAUUGGGAUCGAUCAAUGCUGGAUGAUUCAUUCCAAGUAUUUAACCGCAUGUAUGCAUUAUUCGUAGCCCAGAAAACACUCCAGCUCCCUCGUACCAUCCUCCUACCCUGGCAGCGAGCACAAGGCGCAAAGGGUGUGUGUGUGAUAGCAGUGAGGCGCGUGGAGCGAGUGAUUCGUAAACCAACCCGAUCAACCCAGCACACUUAAACGAUAAUGGAUGUUGAUUGUUCAGUGGAUUGUAAAACUGUACAAGCAAGCCCGUGGUAAAGAGAAAAUAAACUGGCAA